CAGUGCAUCAUCUCUGUACAGCUCCGCCAGGAAGUGAAACAUGGCACUGGUAUCAGAAUUCUUGGGUCAACUGACUCUGAAUCUGGGUGCGUGUGAACCCACCUUCCCCACCGUCGUGGAUGUGGCUGACUUUGAUCCUGAGAAAGACGCUGCUAGAAUAGAGACCGCUAUCAAAACGAAGGGGGUCGACGAACAGACCAUUAUCGACAUUCUCACCAAACGUACCUAUGGCCAACGCCGAGAGAUCGCCUUCGCCUAUGAGCGCAGAGCAAAGAAGGAUAUGAUCUCAGCCCUGAAGGGGGCGCUGUCUGGUUCUCUGGAGUCAGUCAUCCUGGGCCUGAUGAAGAGCACUGCUCAGUAUGAUGCAUCUGAGAUUAAAGCUUCCAUAAAGGGUUUAGGGACAGACGAGGAAACCCUGAUCGAAAUUGUCUGCUCCAGGAGCAAUGCAGAGCUUUUGGAGAUCAAAAAAGUCUACAAAGAACUGUUCAAGAAGGAUCUGGCGAAGGAUGUGGCUGGAGACACAUCAGGGGACUUUGCCAAGCUCUUACUGGCCCUGGUGGAGACGAAGAGAGCAGACCCAAGCAACGUGGUUGACUAUGAGAAGAUUGAUGAAGAUGCCAGGGCCCUAUAUGACGCCGGUGUGAAGAUAAGUGGCACGGAUGUGAAAACGUGGAUCUCCAUCAUGUCAGAGAGAAGUGUCCCCCAUCUCCAGAAAGUGUUCGAGAGAUACAAGAGCUACAGUCCUUACGACAUGCAGGAGAGCAUCCGCAAAGAGGUCAAAGGUGAUCUGGAGAAAUCCUUCCUCACUUUGGCUCAGUGCUUUGAGAACAAACAGCUUUACUUCGCCAACAGACUCAAUGAUGCCAUGAAGAGUAAAGGAGCGAAGGAGAAGGUGGUGACCAGGAUCAUGGUGUCCCGUUGUGAGGUUGAUCUUAUGAAGAUCCGCAAAGAGUUCAAGGCUCAGUUUGGGAAGUCACUGCACCAGACUAUUGCUGAGCACACAAAGGGAGAUUACCAGAGGGCCCUGCUGAGUCUGUGUGGAGGAGACGACUGAAAAGGGAACUCAUUUCCCAGCAGCCCUGUAUCCCUAGAGCUGCCGCAGGAGAGCGCGUCCUAGCACCCAGACCCACACCCACACCCACACCCAAGGCUCUCUGUUACUAUAGCUUCAGCGUUUCUAGAUCAGACUCUGCUUUUUUCAACUGGACACUCACCUCUGUCGGGGUCUUUAGCGCGUCAGCCUAUAUGUGCUUAUUUUCUUCAAGUCUGUACAGUUUAGAUCAGAGAUAUCUCAUUCUGACCCUGUAAUACUUCAGUCCUGCUUGAUUUAUCCUUGUACUUGAAACUCUGGAAUUAUUUCUACCAGGAAUGCAGGUGUGUACUCUCUGAACUCAGUAUGGUAUUGGUAGAAACUAGAAAUAACAGGACUUUUGGAUUCAAGGACCAGAACUGAAUAGUCGUGGUUUGAAUAUACAUUGUCUUCUAAAUUUUAAACCUAUAAAACAGAUUGACUGUUUUGAUUGCUUGUACUAUGUAUUUUUUUUUUCUCUGAAUCCUUAAGUUUAAAAGUUGAAAAAUCAUUAUCUUUGACUGAUUUGAGGUCUAGAUAAGACCCACACUCAUCAGUUUGACCCAAGAACUUUAGAAGUGAAGCAGAGAGAGCACAAGACGUACUAUUGUAAAUUAAUUGAAGUGAGUCAUUUUAGCCUCUAGAGGGUGCUAGAGUAUCAUAGGGCGCUGCACGAUCUAUAAUAGGCAGAAACCAUCUGCGAUGGGCUGCGGUCUCGCUUUGAUGAGUUUUUUUCUCCCCCAUGUUCUUUUCUCACAAACAGAGUGAAAUAUUUGAUUUCAGAUAAAAAUUUCAUUUCUUAUCUCUUCAUUACAAGGGAUUUAAAAAAUGUAAAUGAUAAAUGAAGUAACGUGUUUUCCUUUGCGGGUGUGCUUUAAUGUCUGUGAUUGGAUCUAAAUGCACGUUGGUUACACAAGAGUUUUAGAUGUGACAAAAUAAUGAAAUUUGCCAUCUUCCCCCUUUUUUAACUUCUGUAUGAAACACAUUUUAAUGACAAGAAUAAAUAAACAUAAUAAGAACAGUACUGAAACAUAUUGACAA